CUGAACAAGGUGAGAAAAAAUAGCCAAGAAUUAUAAAUCAGGUUUGUUUUGAUUUUCAGAUGCCGUUACCAAAUAAGGCCGGAGAACCUGAAUUCAAAUUGAAACUUGAACCAAAUGAUAAAAUCAGCUUGAAAUUUAAAGCUGGCGAAGAAACAACUGUUGAUUUGAAAAUAACAAAUCCAUUGAAAGAUAGACAAAGUUUCAAGGUAUUACUGUAGAUUUUAAAAAACUACGUGAGAAAAUAUUUGAUGUUUAUUCCAGGUAAAAUGCACAGACAAUGAAAUUUUCCGUGUUCGUCCUCCACUUGGAUUCGUUAAACCAAAUGAAUCAACAACAGUCAAAAUAACAUUGAAAGCAAAAAGUUUGCCAGAUCCACAACGUCAUUUCUUUGCUAUUUAUCAUGUUGCUUGUGAAACGAAGGCAACAACUGCAAGAGCUGUUAGUUUUUACUAUUUUUGAAAUUUUUGCUACUAGUUUGUAAUGUUUUGCAGUGUUGGACAUCUGAAACAAAACCAGAAGGUGUUAUUCGUCUUCAAGCUGCAAUUGAAGAAACUGAAAAGAAAGAAGAUGGAGAAAAGAAGGAAGAUAAAAAAGAAGAUGAAAAGAAAGAAGAUGAGAAAAAAGAUGAGAAAAAGGAUGAAAAGAAAGAAGAGGAAAAGAAAGAAGAAAAGAAGGAAGAUGAGAAAAAAUGA